AAUCACUUCCUGUGCAGCACAUACAUCACUCCAGCAGCAAUGAAACUUGUACACUUUCACUUCUUCAACACUUGGAGACACUUUACAGGGAAGAAAAUCCACAUGGACGAAUAAUUCCUCAUGGAGAGACGCUGAUAUUCCCGCUGCUGGCUGUCCAGUGGUUAUAAACCCUGGACUUUUAUUGUAUAUUUUCUUUUUGGGCUAGCUGCAUGCUAACUUACUCUGAGACUGAUAUCAAGAUAAACACAUCCUAAAUACCUUCAUUAUCAUUGAUGUGGAUUAAUAACAGGCUCAUUUUAAUGCAAAAGUCAUGUAGUCGUCGCAUAUGACGGGGUUUCUACAGUUUUGUUGAUGAAUUAUGUAUACAGUUUAGUAUUAGCUCACGCUAACCGAAAAAAAAAUAAUAAUAACGGGAAUUUCAUUUUUUUAUUUUUUUUUGGGACGUUUGGAUAUGGUUUUUGGGAGAUACACAGUGUUAAACGUGUUUAAUUCGGGGUUUAUGAGUGAUUUGAGGAACUCUUUGUUCGGGAGAGGAAGAGCAAAAUGAGGAAGAGGAAGAUGAUGAUGGUGAUGAAGAUCAGCUCAACAGGGAACUGCUGAUUAUAAACAAACACAUUCAGAAACAAAAAAACAUGCCUAGAAGAAAACAGUCGAACCCACAGCCUGUCAAAUUGGGAGCUGAAGAUGGGCUGGCAGUCGGGAAUCAGGAAAACCUGGUCCUGGAGAGUGACUUCCUCCUCGGACAGGAGCUGGGCUUUGGAGAAAAUGACUACAGGAUCGUGGGUUUUGAGAGGGACUCGGACUCGGUCACAGCAGACAUGGGAAUGGCGGUGUACGGCUUCAGCGAUGAGGACUGUUCCAGCUACAACCGUCUCGGCAUGGAGAGCGACCUUGAGGACCCUCGAGACACGGAGAGCGAGCGGGAGGAGAUCGGAUCAGACGCUGCGUUCGCUCCGUACCUCUCGUGCAGACAGUGCGGUCAGCUGCUGGGCGACCCCUUGAGCGGCGCGCUGGACCUCGCCGGCCUCUACUGCCUCCAGUGUGGAGCCGAGGGUGGAGACGGAGACCGACAGGACCGUCCGCUUGAGGAGGCCCACCCCACAGAUGCCGUGCAAGGGAAGGCAAACCGAGGCAGAUCCACGUCUGAUGGAAGCUCUAGUAAAACGUACUCCUGCAAACUGUGCACCUUCAGCUCGCGUUACUCCAAUCACUUGAAGCGGCACAUGAAAACACACAACGGCGAGAAGCCUUAUCGCUGCCAGCACUGUGCAUACGCCUCUGCUCAGCUGGUCAACCUGCAGCGGCAUGAGCGCACGCACACCGGCGAGAAGCCGUACAAAUGUGAGUUCUGCACGUUUGCGUGCAACUCUCUGGGAAACCUGAAGAGGCACCGGCGCAUGCACACGCAGGAGAAAGACCUCGACUGCAGCCAGUGCGACUUCAGAGCCAACAGCAGCCACUCCUUAAAGAAACACAUGAUAAGCCACGAGGAAGACAAAGCAACAGCCUUCACGGAAGAGUCUGUGGUGUCUGACCUGACUCUGCACAUCAGCAGCGCCCCCGACUUCCUCCAAAGCAUCGACACCCUACAAACGGACCGCCAUCCUCCCGCCCUGCUGCACGCUGAGGGUUUGGCCAAAGAGUCGGACCCUCUUCCCGAGCUGCUAUUUCCCUUCACGUGCCGGGUGUGUGGAGCAGUGCUGGAGGACGAGGAGGGUGCCACGGCGCAGAUUUGCAACAAAUGCACACUAGACAUGUUGUCCAAAAGCUCCCCGAGCAGCCCGGAGAAAGGUGACAAGCUGUACCCAUGCACAUCGUGUCCGUUCAUCACUCAGUACCCCAAUCAUCUCGCCCGCCACAUGAAGACUCACAGCGGCGAGAAGCCCUACAAGUGCCCACAGUGCAAUUACGCCUCCGCCCACUUCGACAACCUCAAGCGGCACCACCGCGUGCACACGGGCGAGAAGCCCUACAAGUGCCGCGUGUGCGACUACGCUUGCGGCAACCUGGCGAAUCUCAAGCGGCACGAGCGCAUCCACUCGGGCUCCAAGCCCUUCCAGUGCAGCGUGUGCAGCUACAGCUGUAACCAGAGCAUGAACCUGAAGCGCCACAUGCUGCGGCACACCGGCGAGAAACCCUUCAAGUGCCAGGAGUGCGGCUACACCACGGGCCACUGGGACAAUUACAAACGCCACCAGAAGAAGCACGGCCUCUCCGCCGAAAGCUGGCUCAAGAUGCAGCUGCCAGAGAAAGAGGAAGAAGAUGAGGAAGGAGAAAUGUAAUGGAAGCUCUCUAUGAUGUCUAACUCCAGUUGCCUUACUAUUAUUAUUAUUAUUAUUAUUGUUAUCCAUGUAGUAACACUGUGUCUCGACAGGGCCGGUGUGCUGUUUUAUUUUUGUUUUUUUCACUUGAUUGUAUUUUGUCCAACUGUUUACAGCAGCUGAUUUCAAACUCAGAAUCACAGGUUUGCAAUUUAAGAUCGACGUUUUGAACCGAAAGAGCACAUUUAUGCACCACUGGGGGAAUCUCACAGAAAUCUAACGCCAUAUUUCAGCCUAAAAAUAAAGAAAAAAAAUUUAUGAAAUUAUAUUUUUGCAUGAAAAAAAUGAGGCAUGUUUCUUCAGAUACUGAAGAUUUUUUAUUUUUUUUAUUUUUUUAUGAACCCACCAUGUCUCUUAGGACCAUAAUGAUGAAUAGCUAAAUAAUUGUUUACACUAACUUUCAGUUCAUUUAUUUUAUUUUAUUUAUACUUUUUUACUUUUAGGUUUUCAAAAUGAGGCAUGUUUCCUUUUAGUUUGAUUUUGGGGAAAAAAUAUACAUUAGAUUUUUUUUUUCUAACUUUUUUUUCAAAACACUAAAACAAACAGCCACAAAUAAUGUACAAACAAGGAAUUUGUAUACUAUUUUUUUUUUUUUUUUUGUGGACAAAAUUCAUAAAAUAGAUUUAAAGUGAGCACAACAAAUGCUACCAAUAUAUUAAUGAGAAUGUUUUUGGCUGUCAUAAAAAUGUAACAAUGCAAAAAACAAAUCCUAAAACCAGAAUUCAUUUUCUUUUAUGCAAAAAUAACUUCUUAAUCUUUUUUUUCUUAUAAAUUUGGAAUGAAUUCUACUGGUGAUGUGUUUUGUGAGAUUCAUGCAGGCCGAUGCAGGAGCUCUAAUUGUUUCAUGAGGGAUUUGAUGACACUGAAGACGUCUGGCUGCUACUGUAUGUUCACUUAUGCACAAUGACAGUGAUGUUGCCUUGUCUCGGGGAGGUGCUGAUCCUCCUUCCCUCAUUUACUGUAUCUGAAUUUCAUGGUGCCACUGUAAAAUGCUGCACUGAUGCGGGGUCCGUCCCCAGCACACUCGAGGUCUUUCCAGGGCAUUAGAGAGAUGCGUAUGAGUGAGUCUCACGAAAACUGUUCAGAAAUGCUAGCAUUAUAUUUCCCCCAAAAUGAUUAUUAAAUAAAAGAAUGUUUUGCAUGAGGAAUAUGAGGGUGAUUUUCACACAUUUUUGCAUUGUGACAUUAUUGUGCAUCUCUACCAUUUUUUUCUGUAAUGUUAAAAGGUGAAAAAAAAGAAAAUGAAUUGUUCAGGUGUUAAAUAUUGAACUAUCCUUUUCAUUACUUUCAUGUACUACUUACCUUAAUUUUCUUUGAAAAUAAUGUCACAAUGCCAAAAAAAAAACAUUUGUAAUGGUCCUAAAAUAGACCUUCAUUUUCUUUAUAUAUUAAUUUGUUUUUCUUUUAUUUUUGGUGUGAAAAUGACCCAGGUAUGUUUUCAUGAGAUGCACAAUUGUGUGUGUGUGUGUGUGUGUGUGUCUCUUUCGUUUGACUUUUAAACAUUUCCUUCAGCUUUAUUUAGAUUAAAGUGUGAUUCCUACUGUUUAGGAAAAGUUAUCAUGGAAACCAGUGAAGGUUUAAUUUUCCCACACUUUGGGUGGGAAGGAUCCAUUUUUGACCCCUCCCCUUUUAUUUGAGUAAACAAGUUCAUGAGGAAGAAAGUGGAGACCCCAUGUUCAUAUUCACUUUAUAAUGAACAGAUCAUAUUCAAAACAAACAUUUAAACAUUUUGUACACAGUCACUUUGAUAUGUAUUGAUCUUAAAGGAAUAGUUCACCCAAAAUAAACAUUUGCUGAACAUUUAUUCACCCUCAAACGAUCCAAGAUGUAGAUGAGUUUCUUCAUCAGAUUGAUUGAUCCUAACCAGUGGAUCCUCUGCAGUGAAUGGGUGCCGUCAGAAUAGGAGUCAAAACAGCUGAUAAAAACAUAGCAUAGCAUUUCACUUCAUAAGAUGUUAACUGAUGGACUGGAGUGGUGUGGAUUAUUAUGAUGUGUUUAUCAGCUGUUUGGACUCUCAUUCUGACGGCACCCAUUCACUACAGAGGAUCCACUGGUGAGCAAGUGAUGGAAUGUUACAUUUCUCCAAUUCUGAUGAACUCCUCUAGAUCUUGGAUGGCCCGGGGAUAAGAACAUUUUCAGCAACUUUUCACUUUCGGGUGAAUUAUUCCUUUAAUUGGUCCUCCACUUUGGUCCAUUUUCUUUCUGUUACAGAACUGGUGCAGGCGCUCUCAAAUAUACCGCAGGAGUUCAGUGCAAUCAGGGAAUGAAUGAAAUAGAUGCACAGCACUGAAUCCAGUGAUAUUUGGUUUGCCAUAUGGU